GGUUGGAAGACGUUCUUCCUCGAGAGUGGUGUCGGCGUGUGGGGUCCCAGUAGCUUUAACAGAAGCGAUUUUUCUUCCCACUUGGCGGAUUUGCUCGGUUCAUGGAAGCUUUCUUUCCGCUGUGGUGUGACAGGUUCAAGGUUCAACGUUCAUUGGAAGGAAGAAACUGAAGAAAAUUGUGGAAAAUGUAAAAUCAAAGCGCACUUUAGUGGAUAAAAACGUUCUGACGAAUUGUGCUUCAAAGACUAUUUUUGUCAAAGUGAAUUCCAGGGUGCCAUCAAAGUGGAGAAUAUCUUGGAAAUUCUUCCAAUGAACGAGGAGUAAAAAGAAGGUGUGAGAUUGUGCAGAAUCGGGAAAUCUUUACUGUGAAAACGCUCAUGGUGGAAGUAUAGUGCUCGGAUUUGAAGUGCAAAUUGGAUAUUAUUUGAAGUCACCUGAAGUAGUAUUGCUUCAGAAGAAAUCUGACAUUCAGUUAGUGGCAUAGACGCGUGAACAAAAAAAAAUCACGAUGAACGUCCAACCCACCAAGUACUAUGGCCUGGUGCUCGACUUGAUGCCGAACAUCCGGCUGAUGCAAGGCUUCGGGCACUUUCUGUUCCGCUACGUGAACGGGCCGAUACUGGUCCGCAAGCUGUACUCCUGGUGGAACCUGAUAAUGAUCAUCCUGCAGUACUUUGCCAUCAUCGGCAACCUGGUAAUGAACACCGGGGACGUUAACGAGCUGACGGCCAACACCAUCACGACGCUGUUUUUCACCCAUUCGGUGACCAAGUUCAUCUACGUUGCCGUCAACUCGGAAAACUUUUUCCGCACGCUGGGAAUCUGGAACCAGCCGAACACCCAUCCGCUUUUUGCGGAAUCCGAUGCCCGGUACCACUCGAUUGCGCUGGCCAAGAUGCGAAAGCUGCUCGUCAUGGUGAUGGUGACGACGUUGCUGUCGGUCGUCGCAUGGAUCACGAUAACUUUCUUCGGCGAUAGUGUCAAAAACAUGUUCGACAAGGAGACCAACGAAACGUACACCGUGGAAAUUCCUCGGCUGCCCAUCAAGGCCUUCUACCCGUGGGACGCAAUGAGUGGAAUGCCUUACUUUUUAUCCUUUAUUUACCAGGCUUAUUUCCUGCUAUUCUCGAUGUGCCAGGCCAACCUAGCCGAUGUGAUUUUCUGCUCUUGGCUGCUCUUCGCUUGCGAACAGUUGCAACAUCUGAAGGGAAUAAUGCGACCACUGAUGGAGCUAUCCGCCUCGCUGGACACCUACCGCCCGAACUCGGCUGCCCUGUUCCGAGCCAUUUCCGCCGGAUCCAAAUCGGAGCUGAUUUUGAAUGAAGAAAAGGAUCCGGACACGAAGGAUUUCGACCUGAACGGAAUCUACAACUCGAAGGCGGAUUGGGGCGCUCAGUUUCGAGCUCCGUCCACUUUGCAGACAUUUGGCGACAACGGCGUAAAUGGCAAUCCGAAUGGGUUGACUCGAAAACAGGAGCUGAUGGUGCGCAGUGCUAUCAAAUACUGGGUUGAGAGACAUAAGCAUGUCGUUCGCCUCGUGUCGGCCAUCGGCGAGACCUACGGUGCUGCCCUGUUGCUCCACAUGCUGACCUCGACCAUCAAGCUGACCCUGCUGGCCUACCAGGCAACCAAAAUCGAUGCACUCAACGUGUACGGACUGACCGUGAUCGGCUACCUGGUGUACGCCCUGGCACAGGUGUUCCUGUUCUGCAUUUUCGGAAACCGACUAAUUGAAGAGAGCUCAUCCGUGAUGGAGGCGGCGUACUCGUGCCACUGGUAUGACGGCUCCGAGGAGGCGAAAACUUUUGUGCAGAUCGUUUGCCAACAGUGCCAGAAGGCGAUGACCAUAUCCGGGGCCAAAUUUUUCACCGUUUCACUGGAUCUGUUUGCAUCGGUUCUGGGAGCGGUCGUCACCUACUUCAUGGUGUUGGUGCAGCUCAAAUAAGUUUUAUACUUCAGAUAUGUUAAAAUUUAUAUGGCAAUAUUUUUGAUAUACAAACAAACGGCAAUAUAUGGCAUGACAUCGUAUUUUGUAUGUAGAUUUAAUAGAAACUCUGAGAGUACAAGAAGACACUAGACUAAGCACUCCACUUACCAAUUUGUAGCGGAGAUAGACUAUGAUGUUGUUGAAUAUAUUAGCAACUAUUUUUCAAAUAGGAAUUAAAGACGCUCAAGAUUA